AUGUCUCUCCCAACAAUAUCCCCCCUCCUCCUCACCCUCCUCACACAAGCCACAGCAACAUGCUACUGGCCCAACGGCGACACAGACAGCAACUACAUCCCCUGUCCCAACAGCAAAUCCUGCUGUCUCAAAGGCGAAGCCUGCCUCUCCAAUGGACUCUGCUACGGCGCAACCCUCAACAUCGCGUAUCGCGGCGCCUGCGCCGAUAAAUCGUGGCCGAGCCAGGAGUGUCCGCAUGUGUGUCUCGAUGGUACGCGUUCUCCUUCCGUGCUUUCUCUCCCAGUGACUAAUGCCAGCGCAGCGAUACCCGACCACUGGGCGAAUCUCUACUCGUGCCCGAAUUCCUCGACGAAUGUGUUCACGUGCGGGUAUGCGGGGUGGGCGACGGACGUCUGUAGUGCCAAUCUGGGGCAGUGGCAGUGGGUGAGUGGGGAGGUGGAGGUGGCGAAGAAUGGGAACUCGAGUUCUGCGUCUGCGUCUGCUUCGACGGGGCCGGAAAUUAUCACGACUACGUCGUCGGUUUCGUCUGCGGGGACGGCGAGGGGGACGAAUACGGGGGAUAUCAUCACGACUACUGGGUCUGCGACUGCCACGGCACGGAAAGAUUCGUCGGAUACGUCUCUCUCUGCGACGACACUUGGGGCGGGAUUAGGGGUUGGACUAGGCGUUCCACUGCUCGUUGUCUCGGGUUUAUUGAUCUUUUUUAUCCGGAUGCGAAGGCGAGCGCCGGCGCCACCGGUCAAUGAAAAGGUCUACCCCGGAGCUGUGUACUAUCCAGGCCCGGUGGAGAUUGCCACGCAGAGACACAAUAUGGCGAUGGAGUUGGAGGGGGCACGGGAGGAUCGACCAGAGUUAUAUGGGUAG